AUGGGUAAUGAAGAAUACUCGCCUUUGAACGAGGACGAUGUAGAACGAUCUUCAAGUGAGCUUGAACAGAAUAGACCUUACCACGAAUCCAACAACUCCAAAUCCUCAAAAUUAUUGUUAGCUACGAUCUUGAUCCUGGUUCUCAUAAAUGGCAUCCAAACAGGUCUCCUAUACCGCGCCUCCUCAUCACUUACAAUAUUUCAUACACCAUUAGAAUACGCAAUCCCUCACGAGAUUCCCACCGAAUACCGCCAUUUCUGGUGGAACACCGAGUACUCGGGCAGUAACUACACAAUCCAGGACUCCCUCUGGAACUCCAUCCUGCCCUCGCACGGUUUCGUAGCCAUGGACCGAGAAUGGGCCAAGAGUCAGAACUGGCCGGAGAGCAUGUACCUGCCCGACGAUAAAUCUAAGGGCGUGUAUCUGCUGGAGGCGUACCAUCAAUUGCAUUGUUUAAAGAUAUUGAGGACGACUAUGAAGGAGAGUUUGAUGGGGGAGAAGUUUACGUGGAAGCCGGGGGAACAUGUUGAGCAUUGUUUUGGGUAUUUGUUGCAGACGACAAUGUGUAACGCAGACGCCACACCUCUCUACACAUUCGGCGAUAAUACAGCAGGGCAUGGCCAACUGCAUAAAUGCAAGAGCUGGGAUGCGUUACGAGAGUUCGCUACGGAGAAUAAGGCGUGCUACCGGGAUACUAUAGAAGAUGUACUACUCAAAGAGCAUUUUGGAUAUUGUGAUGAUGGUCAUGAUGGGCUCAUUCAUGGGAGUCCUGUUGAUAGGAAAGUCGGUUGA